AUGGACAAUCGUCUUCUCGUCGCGAUUCUCCAUUUGGUUUCUCUGAUUCCUCUGCAUCUUCUCUCCGACUCCUCCUCUAAAAACGUUCUGGAAGGCGAUGAAUUCAAAUCGAUCGUUGUCGUUCCCUCCGCUUCGCAAUCCACUGGACGCGUCGUUCUCGAGAACUUAAAGAUCGACGACUUCACCAUUCUGGUCAGCAACAAAGUCGACCCCGCCACGACUGUUACCGGUGUGUUCCUGCCCGCGAUUCCGACGCUUCUUCCUCUCCAAACGCUUCUGGACACGCUGUGCAGCUUGGUGGCGGAUAUCGACGAGACCAAAAUCAAACUGACCGGCAUCAAUCUCCCCGAAUACGUGGGAUCCACGCAGGAUUUAGCGAAAGUGCUGAGCGAGCAUUACGUUCCCAUCGCCACCAAGCAGGCGUUGAAGAUUCUGGGAUCGAUCAAUCUGCUGGGCAAUCCUGUCGGCCUCGUCGAAGAUGUCGGCAGCGGAUUGAAGGCGUUCUUUGUGGAUCCGAUGGCCGACGAGACCAUCGACGAGGAGGAGCGAAACCGUCGCGUGCAGAACGGAGGGAAGAUUCUGGUGCGCAACACCACGAAAGGCGUGGUGAACACGGCGAGUAAAAUCACGGGAACGCUCGGAAACGGGCUGGCGAGUCUGACGUUCAACAAACACUACAAGGAGCAGCGCGCUCUGGGACGUCGCGGCCUGAUUCACGGCAUCACAUCGGGCGUGACGGGCGUGGUGAUGGAUCCGAUUCGCGGAAUGAAGAAGAGCGGAGUGAAGGGAGCCGUGGAAGGCGUGGGAAUGGGACUGAUCGGCGUGGUGACCAAGCCGAUUUCGGGGUUGUUGGAUGACACGACGCGUCUGUUGGACACCACGAAAGAAGUGAUUGUGAACGAGAAACGGCCGGAGCGGCUCCGAUUGCCUCGCUGUGUGCUGUGCGACGGCGUGAUCCGAAGCUUCGAUGAGCACGCAGCGACGGGGCAGAUGCUCUUCUUCACGAGCACUACACGCUAUUUGGUAGAACGCGGCGAGAAGGAGCAGUACGUAUUCCACUGCACAGUGGAUAACGGAACGCACUAUCUCGUGGUCACGCAGUAUCACUGUUUCUUGCUCUCUCCUACCGCGGAUCUGCUGUGGUAUGUCUCCGUGCAGAACCUCAACAUCGAAGUCGACGAAGAAGAAAUGCGUCUGCUCGGCGGAGGCGAGUCUAAGCUGGUUCUCUUUGCGGACAAGGACAUUUGUUCGCGCGUGUACGGCAUUUUGAUCAAUAUGAGCAACUGGACCAACAAGGAAAUCGUACAGUGCAGCAAGGACUUCGUCAAGUUCGUCGAUUCGCGCAGUAGGCGAUCUUUUUGGGCGGCGAGGACGUAG